CAUACAGACAUGCCUUGCAAACUCUGGCUCGCUCUUUCGGUGUGGCUUCUGCUGCCAACUUCUGAAGCUGGGAGGCAGAUGCCAAAACUUUCUGACAAGAAACUCUGCGCCGACUCUGAAUGCAGUCAUCCUAUCUUGAUAGCUCGUGCGCUGCAGGACUACUACCCAGGAGACUGCAGGUUCAUCCCCAUCAGACAGGGGCAGCUCAUCUAUGUGUAUGCAAUGCUUAAGGACAGAGGGAACCUCUUCUGGGCUGGCAGUGUACAAGACUCCUAUUACGGACAGCAGGAGGCUCGCAUUGGCCACUUCCCCAGCAGCAUAGUGGAGGAGACUCAUCCUCUCAUGCCAGCCAACACCGAAGUCAAGACUACUAAAUGGGACUUCUACUGUAACUGAUGUUGCAUCGACCAAUAAAGAGAACAACAUUCUUGACUAAGACAUCAGAGGAGCCGAUCUUACACACAUUGCUGACAACAUAUAUGUAGGUUUGCUUAUCCACACUGUUGAUAAUCUGCACUUUAGAAGAUAAGGACGACAGCUCUGCACAGCAACAUAUGAUUAUAAAUUGUAACCAGAUUUUAAAGUGCUGAAGGAAGGACCAUUGUUGCUUAACACCCUACAUUUGACUUGUGUCUGUUUUAUUCUCUGUACUACUUCAUCAUACCGUUUGUUUAGCAGAAAGGUGACAUAUUUUUUAAAAAGAGACAAAUGUGAACUAUGCAUGCCUUUUCUCUGAUCAAGCAAUUUGUACAAUAGCAGCUACUCCUUUUUCUUGGUGAGAAAUGUAUGCAAGUUAGCUGUUCCUUUCAUUUGUGGUGUAUAGAAAUUGUCACCUUUAUUAAAAUAUAACUAAAAGCAAACCUGGCAGCAAUAAAACAGAGGCUUUUAAUCAUAA